GGGAGGAUCAACAUAAGUAGGUGUAAAGAAGGGCAGAUUUGUUGCCACUCAAGACAGUUUUGCUUUUAGUUAAGCCUAACCCCAACACUUUUCCUAGCCUCAUUCUCCUAACCUUCUACCUAAACCCAACCCCUUUACUAAUCUUAAAUUAAUUAUCUUUAAUUCUUCUAACCUGCCAAGUUAUUUAUCCUAACCUUCUAUUCAUUUUAGCUAAGCCUAACCCUUUUCCUAUCAAUGCGCUAAGUAGAUAUCAAUAAUGAUCGACAUUGACUACACCACUGCUUGUAAUUUGUUGUACCCCCUAGCAUAUGUUAUUAUUGUCUAUUUAUGUACUUAUUGUAUGUAUACAGACUUUUUCUACAUGGGUAAUAAAACAAAUAUAUAUAUAUAUAUUUUUAAAGGCAGUUAACCCACUGUUCCUGUUAACUGUUAACUGACUUGCCUAAAUAAAUACAAAAUACGCAUUUGAACAUUGUAGGCUAUACAUUAUAGACAAACGGACGUCUUGCAUUUUAGAGAGGCUUAACUUCAAAUAUUCACGUUUCUGCUCAACUAUCUCGUAAAACAUAUCAAAAAUACAUUGUUUGAACUAUGUGUUGUGUAGUUUUGUCAAUAAAGUUAUACACAUGUACGAAACGGAAGUUUGCCUAUGCGCAUUAGUGUUUACGUUGUGAACGGCGUGACGCAAACGUUGAGGAAUUGAGUGAAGACGUCUAGUUGAUCAGUUGUCCAGGAGGUGGAGUUGAGUGUUUUGACUGAGUGAAUCCAUUGCCCUGCAAAAUGGAUUUCCAACACAGAGCUGGGGGCAAGACUGGGAGUGGUGGGGUUGCGUCCUCCUCGGAGAGCAACCGGGACCGGCGAGAGCGGCUCCGCCAGCUGGCCCUGGAGACCAUUGACAUCAACAAGGACCCCUAUUUCAUGAAGAACCAUCUGGGCUCCUAUGAGUGUAAACUGUGUCUGACACUCCACAACAAUGAGGGCAGCUACCUGGCCCAUACACAGGGAAAGAAGCAUCAAACAAAUUUAGCGAGAAGAGCAGCCAAAGAAGCAAAAGAAGCUCCCGCACAGCCAGCCCCCGAAAAGGUGAAGGUUGAGGUCAAGAAAUUUGUGAAAAUUGGUCGACCGGGGUACAAAGUAACAAAACAGAGAGAUCCAGAGAGCGGGCAACAGUCUUUACUUUUCCAGAUUGAUUACCCAGAGAUAGCAGAGGGCAUAGGACCCAGGCAUCGCUUCAUGUCUGCAUACGAGCAGCGCAUUGAGCCCCCAGACCGUCGUUGGCAGUACCUUCUACUGGCUGCAGAGCCCUACGAGACGAUCGCCUUCAAGGUGCCAAGCAGAGAGAUUGAUAAAGGCGAGAGUCGCUUCUGGACCCACUGGAACAAAGAUACAAAACAGUUCUUCCUGCAGUUCCACUUCAAGAUGGAGAAAGCCCUCGCCCCACCCAGCGGACCCGUACCCCCCAUGGGUAUAAAGCGCCCACCUCCCCUGAUGAGUGGGAUGGGGCCUCGACCCCCCAGUGAGCCCAUGCCCCCUCCACUUCCAGGGGGGAUGAAUAUGCCCCCUUUACCCCCUGGCGCCCCUGGCCCUCCCCAGAUGCACCACCACCAUCAAAUGCAGCACAGUGGCCCCGGAAUGGGUAUGCCACCCCUGAUGAGACCCCCACUCCCCUCUGACAACCAUGAAGGAAUGCCCCAUCAAAACAACUGAUCUCCAACCAGCACAUCAUCCUUCUGUUAGAUUGUUUGCCUAUCAUUUGGUUGCUAUAACAGUGCCCCAUUUUAGGACUAUGUCAAGUGUACUGUUUCAUUGUGCGAUGUACUUUUUCUAAACUCUGAAAGAAACUUUGUAUACCUAAAUAUAUUCUACAGAUGCAAAAUGGGCCAUAUUCAAUCGGUUUUGUACACAGUUGCCAAGGCAUUGUAUUUAUCAUGCUCGUCUAAUAUCCACACUAUCAUACCAUUUUUAGAAUGAGGCAAUAUAAUGUGCAAGCUUUAAGUGUUAUGCUAGUGUGGCUAUAGGAAGAUAUCCAUUGUUUUAGGCACUUUGUGAUGGCACCAAUAUUAAUAGGAUCCUGCUGUAUUGUAAAUGUUGAGUCCUGUGUAUGAAACAACAUAUUUUAAGGUUCUUUUUUUAUAAUAAAACAUGUGGAAAGGUG